UCUCGCAUGCUUCUCAUUUUGCAUCAAAGUAACCGUGGAGCAAACACUGCUGACUCGGGAGAUUUCAACGUUCCAACUCGCAUAGCCUGAUUCUCUUUUCGGGAUUAUCUUGAAUUUCCCGUCCGGUGUACAUUUUUAUCUCCGCAUUUGGGAAAUACGGUGCCGCUAUCAGUCCCACGAGACCUACUGCUGAUUUCCACUCUCAAUCUGUACAGUCUUAUUAUUUAAAGCUCACACGACAAAUUCAAACCAUGUAAAUAUAUAAGAGCGAGGCCCGCAGUCGCUUCUCCGAAGAGGGUGGAAUGGACACGCCGCUAAUCAAUACAGGAAUUCAGACGGCGAAGUAUUGCAAUGUGGCUGGCCUAGGGGUUUUGAUUUUUGACUAUUUUUUAACCCUGGAACGUGAAGUUCGGUGGACAUGGACCAGGCGCUGGAAUAUCAGCCGUGUUAUUUUUGUGAUUUCACGCUACAUGCCAUUUGCAGCUGCUGGCAUGACUUCAUAUGCUGCUAUUGCUACACGAGCAAACGAGGAUUGCAAUAACUUCAGCUCGGCUUCAAAUGCAAUCCACAUCAUCAGUAUCGUCGCUGCUGAAGGUCUUUUGAUCAUUCGUACAUAUGCAUUCUGGCAAUACAACAAAAAGUUCUUGGCAGUGUUAUUGGUCUUGGCAUCAAUUUGUAUAGCGUGUGCUGUCAGUAUCACACAAGUUGCCAAUAACCCAUCGUCAAAUUCCCCAACAAGUGACUGCACUUUUCAAGCGGAUCGCAGCAGUGCCAUUCAAUACGGCUUUCUCGUGGCCUACCAACUGUUGCUGAUGUCUUGCAUGGUGUUCAAGAGAUAUCGAGACUACAGAGAUUCCGACAGCCGUCUCGUGAAGGUCAUCUUCAAGGGCGCCAUGCGAUAUAUGACUGCCAUGAUUUUUGUUUCUGUGGUCAAUAUAGUGAUUACGUCUGCGGUGCCGAUAUCGUAUGACAUGACAAUGGACGUGCCACAAGUUGUGCUUCACAGUGUGUUGGCAUCCCGUGUGCUUUUUAGUUUGCGCGAAAGUGACCAAGAGGAAAGGGAGGGGGUGGCAUUCAUGACGUCCACAUUUCGUCCGGACCAAAUACACGCUUCACCUGAGCUUGAUUGAUUAACUCAUGGUCCCAAUUAGCAUGUAUUCAUAGCGUAGAAGAGAGAUCAUCGAUCAAGGGUCACCAAAGUGGAGAAGAGUGUCUUGAAGCAUGUCCAUCUGACGCUAUGUCUGUUCACAAGAUCUUCAUUUCCCAGGUAUCCGAGUGUGUGAUGUAAUGAUGAAGGGAUAAAGGCCUACGGCGAUGCGGCGUGUCAGUCUACUUAUCCCUAUAAUAGAGAUAUUAAGCACACAUCGCCGCCGGAUGUCGUCUAGCCCCUAAUAUCGAGCAGUCGCCGGAUAACCUCGAACGGUUGAGCUU